AGUCUGUUUUCAAUACGGGCGUAAAGCGGUCGUCGAGCACGGUUGAAAGCAAAACAAAGCAAGAAAAAUACCAAACAGCCAAGAAAAAAAAAACUAACAGCCAACAACAACAGCCAAAAAAUACCAAAAAUAUUCAAAAAAUAUUCCAAAAAUAUUCCAAAAAUUCCAAACCAAAAAACUAAAAAUAAAAAAUACAAUAAAAACAUUAGGUCAAUGUACAAAAAAUAACCUCACAAAAUAUUAGAUAAAAUAAAAACAAACAUCUUACAAGCGGCAAAUGCCGAUAAAAGUUAAAGGAGUUAACCCAUUAAGCCAAGGAUAAAGCGUAAAACCCUUAGACAAAAAAAAAAAUAGAAAAAACUGAUACAAAAGAGAAGCCAAAUGAGGGAAAAUGAAGUGCCAAAGUGUUGAAAAUAAAGUGAAAGCCAAGAGACGAAAUUGAAAACGAGUAGAAAAGGUUUUUUCCGUUCCGUUAUUGCUCGGUAAAGCGCGUUCGCUUCCGUUCCGUUCCGUUGCGUUUCGUUUCGCUGCGUUCCGUUCCGUUCCGUUUCGUCUCGUUUCGUUUCGUUAUCGAUUGCAACCCUGCCGUUACCGUUCCGUUUCGCUCGGCAGACAUUUAAAUGGCUACCAGCUGCUGCUUAUGAUGGAGACAUUCCUCGUCCUCGGCCUGUGUUUCAUCCUGUACGAGGCAUUGGAUUUCUUUCAGGGCUGCAUCCACAGUAAUACCCCAUCGCCCAGCGAUCAAAUCGAAGCCUAUCGCCGCGAACUCGACGAACAGCGCCAGCAGCAGCAGCAGGAACAAUUUCUAGCCGGAUUGACGCCAUUACUGGGCGCUCAAUUUGCCGCUGCCGCCGCCGCCGCCGCGGCCGCUGCCGCCGGUUCGCAGUCGACGUUGGGCAGCACGACCACGCCCACCGCCUCCACGGCCAGUGUCAUAAGUGAUUCAUACGAUCAGGAAUCGCAAUCACAAUCUCAAUCGCAAUCCCAAUCGCAAUCGAAUCAAAAUCAACAGCAUUCGUUGAGCACUCCCGGUCUAUUUCGUCCCGCCGCCUUGGGCUAUUACGAUCCAGAGGAUCCAUUGCAUGCCACAAAUUCCCUACCCCGAGACUUUUACUAUCUGCAGCAACAGCAGCUUAAGAAUAAGGUCAGCUCAAGAUCGUUACUCUCCAAGUUCUCGUCGACCAACUCAGAUAAUCGUAUACAUCCCGAGGCGGGAGCCAAUUCGGGUCACCAUCAUAGUGUCCUGGGAGCAGCAACGGUUAUAACCAGUCAACCUUUACCCUCUGGCGGUGAGAUACCAUCCAGUCUCUUCGAUCAGCCAGGACAACCGGCUGUGGUGGUGCCACCACUGCAGCUGCAACCCUCAUCACCACUCUUUGUGGAACUCAAGAGGGCCAUUAUAAGUCAGAAUCCGAAUCAAAAUCAAAAUCAAUAUAAGAAUCAAUACAAACAGGAAGCCGAAGAAUCACAGUGUCCGCAGUGCGAAGAAGAGCAGAUACAAUAUCUGGCCGAGAAUCUAGACGAUCUUGUAGAAUCCGAAGAGCAGCAGUAUUCUCCAGGUGAGGAAGAAGAGGACGACGACGACGAGGAGGAGGAGGACGAGGACGACGAGGAUCGGGAGGAGCAGCAUUCGUACGUGGGAGGUGCCACCAGUGAACCGGAUAUCUGUACUGCCACACGACAGCAACAACACCAUCAACAGCAGUUGGCCAGGAUACAUCACAUCGCCAUCGACGACAUUGCAACUGGACAGGAUCUACACCAUCAUCAUCAUCAUCAUCUCAGCAUUUCGGGACAAACGACGUUGGGCGCCAAUUCGCACGCCGACUUCAGGGAAAUCGAGUGCGAGCGACUGCGACGCAAGUGCGUUAGCGUUAAGCGCAUUUAUAGCAUAUCGGAAAAGUUUUAAUUCAGAUCAGAUCACUACUCAAA